AUGCGGUUGUUUUUCGUCGCGACUUUGGCCGCUUUGCUCGCCCUCGCAGCCGCCCAAUCCCAAUCUAAUGCGGUUACUGCGGUGGCCUCCCCUGAUAUAAAAGCACAGCCAUGUUGUGAAAGUGUUCGCCAAACUCUAAUUGAAAUACGAAAGGAUAUACGCUUGUGGCUGCUGGAUAGACUUUUUGGAAAAUUACUUCUCUUGCACGACGGAGAACUGCUCGGAAAUCCAAAUUAUGUGAACUGUGUCAACGGAAAAAAACUACUUGAACUCUCAAAUGAGACCUCAAAAACUGUCGCGGAUAAAUCGAGUGAAACAAGUACAACAAAAGUUGCGAAUCCGUCGAGCUCUUCUUCGUCCACAACAACAACCACUACUACGAUAACAUCCUCGAAUGAGGGUCACUCCAGCUCUUCCUCCGUUCCUGUUGUGACUGUGACUGAAGGAAGCUCCUCGGACGGUGCUGGAAACUCUUCGCAAUCCUCAACAACCACCACAACAACAUCCUCGGAUGACGCUCAAUCGACAGUCUCGUCUGAUCCUGUUGUAGAAUCCACUGAGGGAAGCUCGUCGAAUGCUGAUGGAAACGCUAGCCAGUCUUCUUCCACCACAACGACAACUUCUUCGGGUGAGGGUCAGUCCAGCUCUUCCUCCGAUCCUGUUGUGACUGUGACUGAAGGAAGCUCCUCGGACGGUGCUGGAAACUCUUCGCAAUCCUCAACAACCACCACAACAACAUCCUCGGAUGACGCUCAAUCGACAGUCUCGUCUGAUCCUGUUGUAGAAUCCACUGAGGGAAGCUCGUCGAAUGCUGAUGGAAACGCUAGCCAGUCUUCUUCCACCACAACGACAACUUCUUCGGGUGAGGGUCAGUCCAGCUCUUCCUCCGAUCCUGUUGUGACUGUGACUGAAGGAAGCUCCUCGGACGGUGCUGGAAACUCUUUGCAAUCCUCAACAACCACCACAACAACAUCCUCGGAUGACGCUCAAUCGACAGUCUCGUCUGAUCCUGUUGUAGAAUCCACUGAGGGAAGCUCGUCGAAUGCUGAUGGAAACGCUAGCCAGUCUUCUUCCACCACAACGACAACUUCUUCGGGUGAGGGUCAGUCCAGCUCUUCCUCCGAUCCUGUUGUGACUGUGACUGAAGGAAGCUCCUCGGACGGUGCUGGAAACUCUUCGCAAUCCUCAACAACCACCACAACAACAUCCUCGGAUGACGCUCAAUCGACAGUCUCGUCUGAUCCUGUUGUAGAAUCCACUGAGGGAAGCUCGUCGAAUGCUGAUGGAAACGCUAGCCCGUCUUCUUCCACCACAACGACAACUUCUUCGGGUGAGGGUCAGUCCAGCUCUUCCUCCGAUCCUGUUGUGACUGUGACUGAAGGAAGCUCCUCGGACGGUGCUGGAAACUCUUCGCAAUCCUCAACAACCACCACAACAACAUCCUCGGAUGACGCUCAAUCGACAGUCUCGUCUGAUCCUGUUGUAGAAUCCACUGAGGGAAGCUCGUCGAAUGCUGAUGGAAACUCUAGCCAGUCUUCUUCCACAACAACAACCACCACAACGACAACAUCUUCGGGUGAGGGUCAGUCCAGCUCUUCCUCCGAUCCUGUUGUGACUGUGACUGAAGGAAGCUCCUCGGACGGUGCUGGAAACUCUUCGCAAUCCUCAACAACCACCACAACAACAUCCUCGGAUGACGCUCAAUCGACAGUCUCGUCUGAUCCUGUUGUAGAAUCCACUGAGGGAAGCUCGUCGAAUGCUGAUGGAAACUCUAGCCAGUCUUCUUCCACAACAACAACCACCACAACGACAACAUCUUCGGGUGAGGGUCAUUCCAGCUCUUCCUCCGAUCCUGUUGUGACUGUGACUGAAGGAAGCUCCUCGGACGGUGCUGGAAACUCUUCGCAAUCCUCAACAACCACCACAACCACAUCCUCGGAAGAGGGUCAAUCGACAGUCUCGUCUGAUCCUGUUGUAGAAUCCACUGAGGGAAGUUCGUCGAAUGCUGAUGGAAACUCUAGCCAGUCUUCUUCCACAACAACAACCACCACAACGACAACAUCUUCGGGUGAGGGUCAGUCCAGCUCUUCCUCCGAUCCUGUUGUGACUGUGACUGAAGGUAGCUCCUCGGACGGUGCUGGAAACUCUUCGCAAUCCUCAACAACCACCACAACAACAUCCUCGGAUGACGGUCAAUCGACAGUCUCAUCUGAUCCUGUUGUAGAAUCCACUGAGGGAAGCUCGUCGAAUGCUGAUGGAAACUCUAGCCAGUCUUCUUCCACAACAACAACCACCACAACGACAACAUCUUCGGGUGAGGGUCAGUCCAGCUCUUCCUCCGAUCCUGUUGUGACUGUGACUGAAGGAAGCUCCUCGGACGGUGCUGAAAACUCUUCGCAAUCCUCAACAACCACCACAACAACAUCCUCGGAUGACGCUCAAUCGACAGUCUCGUCUGAUCCUGUUGUAGAAUCCACUGAGGGAAGCUCGUCGAAUGCUGAUGGAAACUCUAGCCAGUCUUCUUCCACAACAACAACCACCACAACGACAACAUCUUCGGGUGAGGGUCAGUCCAGCUCUUCCUCCGAUCCUGUUGUGACUGUGACUGAAGGAAGCUCCUCGGACGGUGCUGGAAACUCUUCGCAAUCCUCAACAACCACCACAACAACAUCCUCGGAUGACGCUCAAUCGACAGUCUCGUCUGAUCCUGUUGUAGAAUCCACUGAGGGAAGCUCGUCGAAUGCUGAUGGAAACUCCAGCCAGUCUUCUUCCACAACAACAACCACCACAACGACAACAUCUUCGGGUGAGGGUCAGUCCAGCUCUUCCUCCGAUCCUGUUGUGACUGUGACUGAAGGAAGCUCCUCGGACGGUGCUGGAAACUCUUCGCAAUCCUCAACAACCACCACAACAACAUCCUCGGAUGACGCUCAAUCGACAGUCUCGUCUGAUCCUGUUGUAGAAUCCACUGAGGGAAGCUCUUCGAAUGCUGAUGGAAACUCUAGCCAGUCUUCUUCCACAACAACCACCACCACAACGACAACAUCUUCGGGUGAGGGUCAGUCCAGCCCUUCCUCCGAUCCUGUUGUGACUGUGACUGAAGGAAGCUCCUCGGACGGUGCUGGAAACUCUUCGCAAUCCUCAACAACCACCACAACAACAUCCUCGGAUGACGCUCAAUCGACAGUCUCGUCUGAUCCUGUUGUAGAAACCACUGAGGGAAGUUCGUCGAAUGCUGAUGGAAACUCUAGCCAGUCUUCUUCAACAACAACAACCACCACAACGACAACAUCUUCGGGUGAGGGUCAGUCCAGCUCUUCCUCCGAUCCUGUUGUGACUGUGACUGAAGGAAGCUCCUCGGACGGUGCUGGAAACUCUUCGCAAUCCUCAACAACCACCACAACAACAUCCUCGGAUGAGGCUCAAUCGACAGUCUCGUCUGAUCCUGUUGUAGAAUCCACUGAGGGAAGCUCGUCGAAUGCUGAUGGAAACUCUAGCCAGUCUUCUUCCACAACAACAACCACCACAACGACAACAUCUUCGGGUGAGGGUCAGUCCAGCUCUUCCUCCGAUCCUGUUGUGACUGUGACUGAAGGAAGCUCCUCGGACGGUGCUGGAAACUCUUCGCAAUCCUCAACAACCACCACAACAACAUCCUCGGAUGACGCUCAAUCGACAGUCUCGUCUGAUCCUGUUGUAGAAUCCACUGAGGGAAGCUCGUCGAAUGCUGAUGGAAACUCUAGCCAGUCUUCUUCCACAACAACAACCACCACAACGACAACAUCUUCGGGUGAGGGUCAGUCCAGCUCUUCCUCCGAUCCUGUUGUGACUGUGACUGAAGGAAGCUCCUCGGACGGUGCUGGAAACUCUUCGCAAUCCUCAACAACCACCACAACAACAUCUUCGGAUGACGGUCAAUCGACAGUCUCGUCUGAUCCUGUUGUAGAAUCCACUGAGGGAAGCUCGUCGAAUGCUGAUGGAAACUCUAGCCAGUCUUCUUCCACAACAACAACCACCACAACGACAACAUCUUCGGGUGAGGGUCAGUCCAGCUCUUCCUCCGAUCCUGUUGUGACUGUGACUGAAGGAAGCUCCUCGGACGGUGCUGGAAACUCUUCGCAAUCCUCAACAACCACCACAACAACAUCCUCGGAUGACGGUCAAUCGACAGUCUCGUCUGAUCCUGUUGUAGAAUCCACUGAGGGAAGCUCGUCGAAUGCUGAUGGAAACUCUAGCCAGUCUUCUUCCACAACAACAACCACCACAACGACAACAUCUUCGGGUGAGGGUCAGUCCAGCUCUUCCUCCGAUCCUGUUGUGACUGUGACUGAAGGAAGCUCCUCGGACGGUGCUGGAAACUCUUCGCAAUCCUCAACAACCACCACAACAACAUCCUCGGAUGACGGUCAAUCGACAGUCUCGUCUGAUCCUGUUGUAGAAUCCACUGAGGGAAGCUCGUCGAAUGCUGAUGGAAACUCUAGCCAGUCUUCUUCCACAACAACAACCACCACAACGACAACAUCUUCGGGUGAGGGUCAGUCCAGCUCUUCCUCCGAUCCUGUUGUGACUGUGACUGAAGGAAGCUCCUCGGACGGUGCUGGAAACUCUUCGCAAUCCUCAACAACCACCACAACAACAUCCUCGGAUGACGCUCAAUCGACAGUCUCGUCUGAUCCUGUUGUAGAAUCCACUGAGGGAAGCUCGUCGAAUGCUGAUGGAAACUCUAGCCAGUCUUCUUCCACAACAACAACCACCACAACGACAACAUCUUCGGGUGAGGGUCAGUCCAGCUCUUCCUCCGAUCCUGUUGUGACUGUGACUGAAGGAAGCUCCUCGGACGGUGCUGGAAACUCUUCGCAAUCCUCAACAACCACCACAACCACAUCCUCGGAAGAGGGUCAAUCGACAGUCUCGUCUGAUCCUGUUGUAGAAUCCACUGAGGGAAGCUCGUCGAAUGCUGAUGGAAACUCUAGCCAGUCUUCUUCCACAACAACAACCACCACAACGACAACAUCUUCGGGUGAGGGUCAGUCCAGCUCUUCCUCCGAUCCUGUUGUGACUGUGACUGAAGGAAGCUCCUCGGACGGUGCUGGAAACUCUUCGCAAUCCUCAACAACCACCACAACAACAUCCUCGGAUGACGCUCAAUCGACAGUCUCGUCUGAUCCUGUUGUAGAAUCCACUGAGGGAAGCUUGUCGAAUGCUGAUGGAAACUCUAGCCAGUCUUCUUCCACAACAACAACCACCACAACGACAACAUCUUCGGGUGAGGGUCAGUCCAGCUCUUCCUCCGAUCCUGUUGUGACUGUGACUGAAGGAAGCUCCUCGGACGGUGCUGAAAACUCUUCGCAAUCCUCAACAACCACCACAACAACAUCCUCGGAUGACGCUCAAUCGACAGUCUCGUCUGAUCCUGUUGUAGAAUCCACUGAGGGAAGCUCGUCGAAUGCUGAUGGAAACUCUAGCCAGUCUUCUUCCACAACAACAACCACCACAACGACAACAUCUUCGGGUGAGGGUCAGUCCAGCUCUUCCUCCGAUCCUGUUGUGACUGUGACUGAAGGAAGCUCCUCGGACGGUGCUGGAAACUCUUCGCAAUCCUCAACAACCACCACAACAACAUCCUCGGAUGACGCUCAAUCGACAGUCUCGUCUGAUCCUGUUGUAGAAUCCACUGAGGGAAGCUCGUCGAAUGCUGAUGGAAACUCUAGCCAGUCUUCUUCCACAACAACAACCACCACAACGACAACAUCUUCGGGUGAGGGUCAGUCCAGCUCUUCCUCCGAUCCUGUUGUGACUGUGACUGAAGGAAGCUCCUCGGACGGUGCUGGAAACUCUUCGCAAUCCUCAACAACCACCACAACCACAUCCUCGGAAGAGGGUCAAUCGACAGUCUCGUCUGAUCCUGUUGUAGAAUCCACUGAGGGAAGCUCGUCGAAUGCUGAUGGAAACUCUAGCCAGUCUUCUUCCACAACAACAACCACCACAACGACAACAUCUUCGGGUGAGGGUCAGUCCAGCUCUUCCUCCGAUCCUGUUGUGACUGUGACUGAAGGAAGCUCCUCGGACGGUGCUGGAAACUCUUCGCAAUCCUCAACAACCACCACAACAACAUCCUCGGAUGACGCUCAAUCGACAGUCUCGUCUGAUCCUGUUGUAGAAUCCACUGAGGGAAGCUCGUCGAAUGCUGAUGGAAACUCUAGCCAGUCUUCUUCCACAACAACAACCACCACAACGACAACAUCUUCGGGUGAGGGUCAGUCCAGCUCUUCCUCCGAUCCUGUUGUGACUGUGACUGAAGGAAGCUCCUCGGACGGUGCUGGAAACUCUUCGCAAUCCUCAACAACCACCACAACAACAUCCUCGGAUGACGCUCAAUCGACAGUCUCGUCUGAUCCUGUUGUAGAAUCCACUGAGGGAAGCUCGUCGAAUGCUGAUGGAAACUCUAGCCAGUCUUCUUCCACAACAACAACGACCACAACGACAACAUCUUCGGGUGAGGGUCAGUCCAGCUCUUCCUCCGAUCCUGUUGUGACUGUGACUGAAGGAAGCUCCUCGGACGGUGCUGGAAACUCUUCGCAAUCCUCAACAACCACCACAACAACAUCCUCGGAUGACGCUCAAUCGACAGUCUCGUCUGAUCCUGUUGUAGAAUCCACUGAGGGAAGCUCGUCGAAUGCUGAUGGAAACUCUAGCCAGUCUUCUUCCACAACAACAACCACCACAACGACAACAUCUUCGGGUGAAGGUCAGUCCAGCUCUUCCUCCGAUCCUGUUGUGACUGUGACUGAAGGAAGCUCCUCGGACGGUGCUGGAAACUCUUCGCAAUCCUCAACAACCACCACAACAACAUCCUCGGAUGACGCUCAAUCGACAGUCUCGUCUGAUCCUGUUGUAGAAUCCACUGAGGGAAGCUCGUCGAAUGCUGAUGGAAACUCUAGCCAGUCUUCUUCCACAACAACAACCACCACAACGACAACAUCCUCGAAUGAAGGUCAGUCCAGCUCUUCCUCCGAUCCUGUUGUGACUGUGACUGAAGGAAGCUCCUCGGACGGUGCUGGAAACUCUUCGCAAUCCUCAACAACCACCACAACCACAUCCUCGGAAGAGGGUCAAUCGACAGUCUCGUCUGAUCCUGUUGUAGAAUCCACUGAGGGAAGUUCGUCGAAUGCUGAUGGAAACUCUAGCCAGUCUUCUUCCACAACAACACCCACCACAACGACAACAGCUUCGGGUGAGGGUCAGUCCAGCUCUUCCUCCGAUCCUGUUGUGACUGUGACUGAAGGAAGCUCCUCGGACGGUGCUGGAAACUCUUCGCAAUCCUCAACAACCACCACAACAACAUCCUCGGAUGACGCUCAAUCGACAGUCUCGUCUGAUCCUGUUGUAGAAUCCACUGAGGGAAGCUCGUCGAAUGCUGAUGGAAACUCUAGCCAGUCUUCUUCCACAACAACAACCACCACAACGACAACAUCUUCGGGUGAGGGUCAGUCCAGCUCUUCCUCCGAUCCUGUUGUGGCUGUGACUGAAGGAAACUCCUCGGACGGUGCUGGAAACUCUUCGCAAUCCUCAACAACCACCACAACAACAUCCUCGGAUGACGCUCAAUCGACAGUCUCGUCUGAUCCUGUUGUAGAAUCCACUGAGGGAAGCUCGUCGAAUGCUGAUGGAAACUCUAGCCAGUCUUCUUCCACAACAACAACCACCACAACGACAACAUCUUCGGGUGAGGGUCAGUCCAGCUCUUCCUCCGAUCCUGUUGUGACUGUGACUGAAGGUAGCUCCUCGGACGGUGCUGGAAACUCUUCACAAUCCUCAACAACCACCACAACAACAUCCUCAGAUGACGCUCAAUCGACAGUCUCGUCUGAUCCUGUUGUAGAAUCCACUGAGGGAAGCUCGUCGAAUGCUGAUGGAAACUCUAGCCAGUCUUCUUCCACAACAACAACCACCACAACGACAACAUCUUCGGGUGAGGGUCAGUCCAGCUCUUCCUCCGAUCCUGUUGUGACUGUGACUGAAGGAAGCUCCUCGGACGGUGCUGGAAACUCUUCGCAAUCCUCAACAACCACCACAACAACAUCCUCGGAUGACGGUCAAUCGACAGUCUCGUCUGAUCCUGUCGUAGAAUCCACUGAGGGAAGCUCGUCGAAUGCUGAUGGAAACUCUAGCCAGUCUUCUUCCACAACAACAACCACCACAACGACAACAUCUUCGGGUGAGGGUCAGUCCAGCUCUUCCUCCGAUCCUGUUGUGACUGUGACUGAAGGAAGCUCCUCGGACGGUGCUGGAAACUCUUCGCAAUCCUCAACAACCACCACAACAACAUCCUCGGAUGACGCUCAAUCGACAGUCUCGUCUGAUCCUGUUGUAGAAUCCACUGAAGGAAGCUCGUCGAAUGCUGAUGGAAACUCUAGCCAGUCCACAACGACAACCUCAUCGGAUGACGGUCAGUCCAGCUCUUCCUCUGAUCCUGUUGUGUCAGUGAAUGAAGGAAGCUCCUCGGACAGUGCUGGAAACUCGACUCAAACUACAACGUCCACCACGAUAACAUCCUCUUCUAACCCUGCUGUCGAAGUCAAUCAAAAUGGCUCCCACAAAGGUGGUAAAAAGUCUAGCCAUUCGACGACGAAGACUACGAGCACAACAACAACCAGUUAUGGCCCAUCCUCACCUGUCAAACCUAGUGUUGUGAUAAAGGGUGGAAAAUCUAGCUCAAAAUGGACUAAAACCACAAAAACUUAUUCGUCGAAGACUUCUAAAAUUCCAAAAUCAAGUGGCAAAUCCAGCACUGGUACCAGCGAAAGUACCACAACCGUAACGACAAGCUCUUCCUCUACACCAACAGUAAAACACUCCUGGUCUAGUUCAUCGAAAAAAGUAUCCACCGGCGGACAAUCAAGCCAGACUUCAUCAUCGACAACAACUACGACUUCUUCAGACAAUAGUCAAUCUACCUCAUCUUCGGACCCCCUUUUGGAAAGCGCACAGGGUGGCUCAUUGAUAGAUAAUGGCAGCUCAACAAAAAUUACAUCUGAAAGCCAAUAUGGAGCAUCAUCUUCUCCUGUUGUCAAGGUCACCAAAGGAAGUUCCCAAAGUAAUGGUGGAAAGUCCAGCCAAUCGUCAACUACUACAACAACAACAACCACAAACGUAGGAAGCAAUCAGCAAUCAAGUAACUUAUCUUCGCCAGUAGUUUCGGUUAAUGGAGGAAAGACAAGUUCAAAAUCUUCCACAACAACUACAACUACUUCCACCAAAGGAAGCAAAUCUUCAAGUACCCACACUCAUAAUGGCGGAAAGUCGAGCUCAGCGACGACCAAAACAACAAAAACUUCUACCUCCAAUAGCUCUAAUGUUCCUCGAUCUUAUGGAAAGUCUAGUUCUUCCACAAGAAAAACUAUAAUUACAAAGACAACUUCAUCGGCUCCUAAAACUCGGACUGAAUACUCUUGGUCUAGCUCAUCGAGGACAUCUGAUCCCAUCCGUUUAACCGUUCCAACCAUUGAUGCUGGAAUCUCUGUCGGCGGUGGAGAUUCUUCGAGUUCCUGGUCGAAACUUAUUAAGCGAAAGACCACAGAUGGUGAAAUCAACAACGGCGAUGGCUCAUCUGUUUCAGGUUCUAUUGCAGGUGCAAUCGGAUCUCGUGGCGAGCAAUCCUGGACUCAGCGCUCGGGAUUCUCUGGUGACAGUUCAAUUGUCCAAGGAUCUCCAGACAUCCGAUUCCGGUUAACUCGAGGCCAAAAUGGUGUUGACACACAGUCGCGCACCUUUAAUAAUGGAGCUGCAUCCGUCAACGGGCAGAAUGUCGGAGCUACGAUCCAAGGACGCUCCGUGGGCUCAACCGGUCAAUAUCCCUACUGGUGGGGCAACGGUCGUUGGGUGGGCGUCGGAACCAGGCCGUCUUGGCAAUACGGAUGGAGUCCUUACGGAAGCGGAUGGGGCGGUUGGAGCAAUCAAUAUUAAAGUUGGACCAUA